CCUAUAUAAGAGAAACACCUAAAAAUAGGACUGUCCCUAAAUGUGGGACAUGUGGCUAUCCUAAGGGGCAGAGCUGUGGGAAGAAGACUGGCUCAAUGGAGUUGAGAUACUGUCACUAAGGAUGGUCUUCAGACAACUUAGAAGAACUCAAAAUCCUUCUGAAAUGGAAAGAAGAGACUUGUUUGAAGACAAAUGAAACAAAUACAUGGAUGGUCUUUGCUUGGUAGUUGAUCUAAGACAUUUCCCUCCAGCACGAUGUCAUCUUUCUCCAGUACAAACGUCUCCUCUUCCUCAUCCACUUCUGUAAGUGACAAUGAAAGCAAAAUAAACCUCUUACUCAGCACCAGCUCCUCUGAACUGCCCUCAAGGCCACAAGCUGAAGAUUUCACCAAGGAGCUGACCUGCCCUCUGUGCCUGGAAUGGUUUAAGGAGGCAGUGAUUUUGCCUUGUGGCCACAACUUCUGCAAACCCUGUAUUGAGGAAAUCUGGGGCAGGGCGGAGGUCUGCCUGUGCCCAGAGUGCCAAGCACAGUCCCCAGACAGGCAGUACAUAGGGAACAUAGUGCUGGAAAAACUAGUGGAAAAGAUCAAGGGCUUUCAUGUAGGGAAAUGCCAGCAGAAAUGCAGCAAACACGGUGAGCCUCUCAAGCUCUUCAGGAAGAUGGAUGGGAAACUGGCCUGCUUUCUCUGCAGAGAUGCCCAGAAGCCUGAAGAUCAAAGCUCCCAAUUCCUACUCCUCCCAGACGCCGUGCAGCUCUAUGCGGAAAAGCUGAUCUCCACCAGAACUCAGCUGGAGGCCACAGUGCAGGAAUUAAAGAUUCUGAAAAAUGCCCAGCAAGAGAAGAUCUCUUGUCACAAAGAGAACAAAUUUCAUCUUCAGCAUCACAUCUCCUUAGAGUUUCUGAAACUCCACCAGUUCCUUCAUGGAAGGGAGAAAAGAUUAAUGAAUGAGCUGCAAGAGGAGGGGAAAAUCCUCCUCCAAGAAAUGGAGGCAAAUCUAAACAAGCUCCAGGAAAAGUGGCAGCGAGCCAAGGAGACAGGGAUACGCAUUCAGUCCCGACUCUACCAGCACAGUUCUAUCGACUUCCUUACAGGCAUAAAAACCUUCAUGGAACACUUAGAGCAAAAAACAGGCACCUUAUCUCUGGGAGCACUUGUCUGUCAUGAACUGAGCCUGGGACAGUUCAAGGGUCCAAUUCAGUACAACGCAUGGAAGGAAAUGAAAUCCAUCCUCGGACCAGGCCUUUCCUUGGUAACUCUGGACCUGAAGACAGCGCAUCCAAACCUUGUUCUCUCUGAAGAUCUGCGCUGUGUGAGACACGUUGACACAAAGCAGAUGCUCCCAGAUACCCCAGAGAGGUUUGAUUCCAGUGUUGCUGUCCUGGGAUCUGAAGGAUUCACUUCAGGGAAACAUUAUUGGGAAGUGGAGGUGGAGAACAAGACCAAAUGGACUUUGGGGGUGGUCAAAGAGUCCAUCAACCGGAAAGGGAACAACACAUUAUCACCCAGGGAUGGAUACUGGCUUAUAAGACUCAGGAACAGGAAUAAGUUUAAAGCUUUGGAUAUACCUGCGAGAGGACUGACCCUGAACACUAGCCUGUCUAGGAUUGGGGUGUAUCUGGACUAUGAGGGGGGACAGGUGUCCUUUUAUGAUGCUGAUAAGAGGUCCCAUAUCUACACUUUCAUGGACACUUUCACAGAAAAGCUUUACCCGUACUUCUGUCCCUGCUUGAAUGACUCCAGUGAGAACAGUGAACCCCUGAAAAUUUUCUUCAACAUGUAGGAGCAGAUUUGCUGAUGGCUUCCCCCGUGAAGCAGGUUUCCCUAGAUACCAGUAGGUCUGAAACAAGGCUCAUAGAUUUAGUAACUGAUGUUACUAACAAUGUGUUGAAUAUAGCAGGGUGUUUCCCUUCCAACACACCCAGCAUCACAAAUGCUUUUUGUAGCACUUGCUUUGACGGUUUCUUAGGGUUUUUCAGGUUUAGGGGCAGGAGUCUGGGGAGUGGGGAGGGUAGUGGCUUGGUGAGAGGUUGGGACUUCUGCCAUGAGUAAGUCCUGAUUCAGUCUCACUCUAUUUGUUGAUGGAAAACGUUCUUGAGGCCUGGCAAAUACUCCAAACUUGACCAAGUCCACUGGCUGGGACAGGAUCCAUUGGGCUGGGAUCAUGAAAAUGUGGAAGGUGAGUUGAUCAAGUCCAGGAAGGACUGGGUAGGAAAUCAGCAGGGAGCCAGAUCCGAGAAAGUAAUAGAGUCAGCUGCAGGGAAGGGUGAUAUUUGGGCUGAGCUGUCUCCAAGGGGUUACCUAAGGGCAAUGGAGUUGGGGGAGGUAUUUGGGGGAAGGAGCUGAGGAUGAGUAUACUUUUCUUUACUUGUUCUAAGGGUUAAAGAGAUCCUCUUAGGCAAGAAAAGGGUCAACAUUUCCCCUCUAAAUAAAACAGGCUCAAAUGGCCAAGGCUGGGAGAGAAAUGUGCAUUGGGACUCCUUGACUGUAAAAGUUGCUCUUUAAACCAAAUUUUAUUCCAUUCAGUCUCCUCUUGUCCACCACAAACCAGUACAGAACUCUGCAUAGCAACCAAUACAGAUAGAUUUGUUUUAAAAUAAUACAAUUAGAAGGGGGCAGGAGCAGAAACUAAUGCAAAGAACAGCAGUGAAUUUCUGACAGCUGCACAGAGGCUAUUGCUAAACAUAAAAAGUAGCAAAUGGAGACCAAGAACCGUACUGAAGUUUGAACAGCUAAGAGGUCACCGAAGUCCAUUGGCAUGAGCCAGUUUUUUAAAGGAAUUUAAAAGAACAUCUUUUUUCCAAUGGAAACAAUCUUAAGGGAUGAGUAAGGGAGCACAGAAGCAGUCAAACCAUGUCAUGACUAAAAUACAGGACAAUGAGAAAGAUGUUAUAGAAAAGAAACAAGUUCACUUGAGGCCUGACCCUAUUCUCAUUGAAGUCCAUAGCAAAACUCCCAUAGUGCUCAGUGAGUGUAGAUCAUGGCCAUGGCAAGUAACAAUUGUAGAGCCCUCUAAAGAAGUGUGGAAAUAUUGGAGAACAUAUGAGAAGUGAAAAUGUCCAGAUUCCGGACAUCUAUGAAGGAGCAGAAGUCUUUGAUCUAACUAGAGCAGAGGUGGGCAAACUAUGGCGGGACCAUCCUGCCUGGCCCCUGAGCUCCUGGCCUGAGAGGCUAG